AUGACGGAGAAAGCACAGGAGCCGGUCAACUCGGACGAUUCCGAGGGUGCCAGCAUUCAAAACUCAGAAGAGGAGCAUGAGGUCUUCAAGAAGACGCACGACGGUGUCCAGUUUCGCAAUGUUGGAUGGUUCAAGGCUUGCGUCAUCUUCAUCAAGAUUCUCUUUGCGACAGGCGUGCUGUCACUGCCGUCGGCGCUGUACGCUGUCGGCGCAGUGCCCGGUGCAAUCAGCAUUGUCGCCUGGGGUGCCUUCAACACCUACGCCUUUGUGAUUCUAGGAAAUUUCCGCACGCGCCGACCUCACUGCCACUCCAUCGCAGAUAUGGCAGAGGUGGUCGCUGGAAAAGCCGGAAAAGAGAUCACAGGUCUGCUGUUCAUUAUUGGCUAUGUUCUAGUUACGGGCAGCGGAAUAAUUGGGGUGUCGACAGCAUUGAACGCCCUGUCGCAUCAUGCCGCAUGUACUGUCUGGUGGUCCUUCAUUGCUACGGCAGUGACCAUCAUCGCGGCCUCGACCCGCAAACUCACUCAUGUCGGCUGGCUCACAUAUGCAGGAUUUGUCUCGAUCUAUGUCGCGGUGUUGAUUGUUGUUGUCGGCGUCACGACGCGCGACCGGCCCGCAGCUGCGCCGCAGACAGGUCCCUACGAGUUAGGAUAUGUGGCCGUCAAUAACCCUCCGUUCUACGCCGGUAUGGUCGCCUCCAGCACCCUUUUUGUCUCAUCGGCAGGUACCAGCGCCUUCCUUCCCGUCGUGUCGGAAAUGCGCAACCCGAAGGAUUACAAAAAGUCGCUUUACGUUUGCAUGGGACUGGUCACCGCGUCCUAUCUCGCCUUCAGCUUGGUUGUCUAUCGUUGGUGCGGACAAUACGUCGCCAGCCCGUCGUUGGGGAGUGCCGGCCAAACGAUAAAGAUGGUGUCGUAUGGCGUUGCCCUACUUGGGCUGAUUGUGAGCUCGACGAUCUACCUACAUGUCGCUGCGAAGUACGUCUUCGUGCGUAUCUUGGGUAAAACCCGUCAUUUGCAGUCUAAUACAAUGAUACAUUGGGGAACUUGGCUGGCCUGCACCACUGUGCUUGGUGCCAUUUCGUUUAUACUCGCAGAGGCAAUUCCGGUCUUCACCUUCGUGAUUGCCCUUGUUGGCUCGGUUUGCUUUGCCCCCCUCGCCAUUUGUCUUCCAGGUUGGCUGUGGCUGUACGACCACGGUGAAUAUCUCAAAGGCAAUCUCACGAGAAAGAUAGCGUAUUUUCUACACUGGGGAAUGAUUCUCUUGGGUAUUUUCUUCCUCGUCGGCGCGACUUACGGCGUCGCCAUCGAUAUCAAACUGACCUACGCCAACGGCGGAAUUGGCAAGUCUGCGACAUUCUCUCGAUAG